AUGUAUCAAAACCUGCCCUGUGCCUUCUCCUCCCCUGAGGCAGCGGGCGCCUGCAUCGUCUCGUGCACCAGCGGGGAGCCGCGAGUCACCCGGAGACUGGCGGGCGACCUCCUGGCGCGCUUCGGCGUGCACUUCCUGGACUGCCCCGUCAGCGGCGGGCCCCGCGGCGCCGCCGCCGGGAGCCUCACGUGCAUGCUCGGUGCGGACUGCGAGGAGGCCGCGGGGAGGGCCACGCCCGUCAUCCAGGCCUUCGCGAAGAGGAUUGUGCGCUGCGGCCCGGCAGGGGCGGGGCACGCAGUCAAGGCCGUGAACAACGCGCUCAACGUCGCGCACCUGCUGCUCGGGGCCGAGGGUCUGCUGGCGCUGCAGGGGGCUGGGGUGAAGCCCGAGGUGGCGCUGGACGCCAUCAACUCCUCGAGCGGGCGAAGUCUUCUCGACACAGGAGCGCCUGCCCCAGGAGGUGCUCACCGGCUCCUUCAGCUACGGUUUCAAGCUGCCCCUGAUGGCGAAGGACUGCCGCAUCGCCGGCGGCGUCCUGCGGGAGCACUUCCCGGCGGCGUCGCUGCUGCCGCGCACGGUGGACCUGGUGCAGCAGGCCGCGGCGGAGGAGGCAGACGACGCAGACUACACGCGCGUGGUCCAGCUGCUCGAGCGCGCCGCGGGGCAGCGGCUGCGGGCCAGCAUAUAGGAGUGCAGCGAGACACCACGAGCAGCGGCCGUCUGGAUUCCGGGGCGCCAUCCCGCGGAUACGCGGUGGCACGGAUUCGGCGGCGAGCCAAUUUGUCGAAACGCCGAAUCAGAAAACGUUCAAUAUCUUGGAUCUGCGCCAGGCCUCCCUGGCGGCGCCUCUGGCGCCGCCCCUGGCGCGCUUCGCGCGCCUGGGAGGGGGGUCCUGCGCGGGUCCCAGAAAUCCGUGCGGACCGUAGCACGUCUGUGCUUGUGCCGUCUCUGGCUUCUCCAGGCAAGGCACGCAUCCGCGCUGAGGCCCGGGCUUUUGCUCUCCCCUCGCCCCCGCUCUAUUCCGAGGCAGCCCGCCUCCCCAGCCUCAGCCUCGCCCGCCGCGGCAAGCUCUGA